CCAAAAAGAGAGGGAAACCAGAGCGCGAAUGGACGACGACGAAGAUCCAUGGUUUGCUCCCGACAAGCUCUACCACUUCCUUCUCUGCUUCACUCUCACCGUCUUCUUCGCUGCAUUGGCCACACUGACACGGUAUCCAUUCAUCCGCCGCCAUUCAAUUAUGAUUGGAUCCGUUCUUUCUCUUUUCGCCGGAGCCGCCAAAGAGGUCGCCGACGAACUCGGCUUCUUCAAGUCAGCCGGAGCGUCUACCAGGGAUGCUGUUGCUGAUCUCGUCGGCGUUUUGAUCGCUUCUUUUUUUCUUCACGCUCUCAGAUUCUCGAUCCGCAGGGGUGGCGGCAAAGAAGCUAGCCCUAAUCGAGACAUUUUAAUGGUCUAAGAGGCUUGGUUUUUCGAGUACUUCUGUACGAAAGUGAACGGUUUUACUUCGAUUUAGGACUUAGUCCUUUGUGGCGAUUUUGAGAAAUGGAGGGAUACGUUGGAGAUUACAAGAUAAUUCUUGGGAGUUUCUUUUUCAUUGUUAAAAACUGGAAAUCCUUUGUAUCAUCAUACACAAGACCGAUAUCUGAACCCAGUCUGUCGACGCUGUUCUGUCAUGUAUUUACUACCAAUAAUUCAUUUGGUUUUCCAUCUUAUUGUUCUCUUAUGAUCUGUAUGAUCACUCAACAAUCUAAUGAUCAUCACGUUUUUCAGGUUAUAUAGGUAGAUCGGGCGAGGGAGCUGUCGUCAUCUUCGAAAGCUUCUUGCAGUGGAAGGCAAGCGUGCAUCGCCAUCUUGGUCAGGCAACUUAAUUGCAGUGUAGAUUCCAGCUCCACAUAAUGUCCCUAGUAUGGGAGCUGUGAGAAGGAAAGAGAAAAGAAGAGGUACUUACAGCCCGAGUAUCGGUGGCAACGGCGGUAAUGACAAACAUGAGGUUGAAGCUAAUGAUAAACUCAAGAGCAAAAGCUUGAGAAUAUCCACAUGAAGGAACAGUCACUCCUCCACCCAUAAAGGGAUCAAAUAUCCAUUUCAAUGCAAAUGACGCACAUAGAGAAGCUACUAUUUGAGCUCCAAUAUACACCGGCACCUGCAAAAGGCAUAUCAGAAAAGCUCAAAAGAUUUUAAGCAACUUUUUUGAAGUUAAAAGAUUGAAUGCCAUGGAGAUGUCAUGGCGGCUACCUGCUUCCAUGGAAAGUGCUUUAGUGCAGCGAAAGCAAUGGUGAUGCCUGGGUUCAGAUGGGCUCCGGAGAUGUGGCCGGUCGAUAAGAUGACAACCAUCACUGCCAUGCCUGUGGAGGCUGCUAGGCCAAUGAGCGUUUCAGUUCCUUGUAUCUUUUGGUUCACGAUAGCAGUGGCAGUUCCAGCAAAGAUGAGCAUCAGAGUGCCAAUGAACUCCGCUCCAACCUAUUGAUAUAGCUUAACUGGUUAAGGGUUACCUUCCUUGCAAGUGAGACUUUAGAUAAGCUUCCUUCUUCGGUGCCCCAAUCAUUAACAUUGAAGGAGAUGCAGCUCUUGAGAAGAGACCUUUUACCAUUCUCACUUCCAUGGUGAUUCCCCUUGUGUCCUCCAAACAGUGGGGCUCCGGGCGUCCCCGGCGUCACAGGCGAAGGAACUUCCUCUGUGUCCAUAACUUGAAAGCUUGAUAGAAGAAGAAAGAGUGGGAACAAAGAAAGAAAAUCAAGACAUGUGUGCCUCAGAAGGGUAAGAAAACAUUACAUGUGCCUCUGAGGUAUAACAAAUGAGAUGUCUCCCUCAUCCAUUCAUUCACCCCUCCUUGUCAAUGGGAGCAAAUUAAGGCUACUAGCAAUCAGCUAGCAACUAGCUAGGGCAGCUACGGGAAGUUUCCUCGGGCUCGGGCGACCGAAUAAACAAAGAAAAUCGGUCGUUUAGGUCAGGGAUGGUAAUUCUAAUGAAGACCAUAAGGUAUGUACACAAUACGAACUAUUUGAUUCAUAAAAUAUUGUUUCGAACACAUGAAUGGUGGUAUAUGAUGAAGUAUCCUUGAAGCUCUUUAGCUAAUUAGUAUUUUAAUCUCCUAUUAAUUAAAACAAGUAUAAGAUUAAUAAACUAUGGAAGGUGAUGCAGAGAAUCUCUUAAUUUACAAAAAAAACUAUUUAUAUUUAUGCCAUAUUUGUUUGUUUCAUAAAUAUUGUUCUAAGGUAGGUUGGUUUCGAUCCAUUGUUUCUUAACUUAAAUUUAUUAGUCUUCUUUUUCAUGUUAAUUAUAAUAUUUUUGGUACGAGGACGACCUCGUAACAAUAAAGAGAGCAUCAUAAUACCAUAGAAAUAUAGAGAAUCAAUACAAAAAGUUACAGUGUCAAGAUGCUGAAAGUAGUGCUUCAACGCAACAACGUUUUGAAAAACAAUCUAAAGCUUACAAGCACAAAAAGUUAUAAGGGUCCGACUUAUUUACGAGUUAGGUCAAAAUAACAUAAUUCAUAUAUAUAUAUUGCCCAGCAACAAGGUUUUUUUGGACAGAGUGCGAUGUUAGCCUUUCUUCUUUAAUAAAUGUACAAUGAGUAUAUUGAGUUUUUAGGGUAUGACCUCGAGGGUUUAUUUCUUGUAUUGAAGGGAUUGUGUACUUUGUUUAUUUCCAAUGAACAAUAGCUUUUGUUAGACUAUUGAGGGUCCGACCUAAUUCGAGUUUGGAGCGAACUAGGUAUAGCCUUCAACAUCGUUC